AUGCCUAUCAAAGACCGACCACCAUUAACAAACAAAGAGGAACUGAUAAGCAUGUACCCUGAAUGCUUUGACAAUACAGUCGGGUGCUUUGUGAAAUGUCGAUACCAUAUAACAGUCGACCCCAAUAUCAAACCAAUUGUUCACCCACCUCGCCGCGUCCCUCUAGAACUAAAAGUGAAGCUGAAGACAGAGUUGGACAGAAUGGAAAAAAAAGAAAUAAUCACCAAAGUGACACGACCAACAGACAGGGUGAAUUCAAUUGUAAUCAAGGAAAAACCCAAUGGUACCCUACGGAUAUGCCUCGACCCAAGGGACCUGAACAAGGCAUUAAAAAGAGAGUACCAUCCAAUUCCAACCCUUGAAGAAAUCACACCAUCAUUGGCUGGGUCCAGAUUAUUUCGCAAACUGGAUGUCAGUAAUGGGUACUGGAAUGUAAAGAUAGACAAAGAGUCAUCCAUGCUCACUACCUUCAACACACCAUUUGGCAGAUAUCGAUUCAACCGACUCCCAUUUGGAUUGAAGGUGAGCCAAGAUGUUUUCCAGUGCCGAAUAGAUGAGACCUACCAAGGCUGCAAGGGAGCAAUUGGAAUAGCAGAUGACAUCCAAGUGCAUGGCAAGGAUGAGACCACACAUGACUUCAAUUUACAUGAAGCUAUGGAGAAAACCCGACAAGCAGGCAUCAAACUCAAUGCAGACAAGUGUGUGAUCAAAGCAAAGGAGUGCAAAUUCUUUGGAAUUAUAUACUCUGCAGAGGGAGUUAAACCAGACCCCACUAAAGUGGAAGCCAUCAGAGACAUUAAAGAACCUAAAGACAAGAAGGAACUCAGGAGCUUCCUGGGACUCAUUCGCUACAUGGGAGCCUUCAUACCCAAGCUGGCCGAUCACACUGCAAAUCUCCGAGAACUAAACAAAGAUGACGUAGAGUUUGAUUGGUGUGCUUCACACACACAGGAUUUCGAAGCAAUCAAAAAGCUCAUCAGUAAGGAGACAACUCUGCAAUACUAUGACAGACGCAAACCAGUAACACUCCAAGUCGAUGCUUUUAUGAGGGGAGUUGGUGCAGCACUGUUACAGGAAGGUAAACCCAUUGCAUAUGCCUCGAAAGCUCUCUCACCCACAGAGACAAGGUACGCAAAUAUUGAAAGGGAACACCUGACAGUAGUAUAUGGAUGUGAAAAGAUCCAUACAUACCUGUAUGACAGACAUUUCAAUAUUGAAACAGACCAUCGCCCGCUAGAACAAAUACAUAGAAAAAACCUGACGAAAGCACCAGCCGGACUGCAAAGAUUACUGUUAAGGCUUCAAACAUACGACUAUGAUAUCAGGUACAAGCCAGGAAAAGACCUGAUAUUGGCGGAUGCUCUUUCCAGACUAUCCUCACAUGAUAAACAGGAGAUGGAAGGACUAAGCAUAAAGGUCCAUCACAUUGUAAAUGUAACGACUACAAAGCUAGCAGAAAUCAAAGAGGAGACCAGUAAAGAUGAAGAACACCAGCUCCUUACUCAGAUGGUGAUUCAGGGGUGGCCAGAAAAGAGACAUCAGGUGCAGCCCCUCAUUCGUGAAUAUUGGACCAUCCAUGAUGAUAUAUCAGUGGAGAAUGGAAUCCUGAUGGCUGGAUCCCGAAUAAUCAUACCCAAGUCAAUGCAAAAAGAGAUUCUUGACAAGAUCCACCAAAGGCAUCUAGGAAUGGAGAAAUUGAAAGACCUGAGAGCCAAAACAAUCACUACAGUGGCUCGAGGACUUCUAGCAGAGCAAGGAAUACCAGAGCAGAUCAUAUGUGACAAUGGAACCCAGUUCACAUCGCAAGAAUUCAAAAAGCUAGCCGAUGAGUAUGGGUUCAAUAUUACAACCUCAUCUCCACUCUACCCCAAAGGUCAUGGGUUUAUAGAAAGACAGGUGCAGACAGUGAAGAGAACACUAGUGAAAUGCCGAGAGACUAAGGAAGACCCACACCUGGCACUUCUGUCCCUACGAGCGACACCACUGAGAGCUGACAUGAAAUCCCCAGCAGAAUUGCUGAAUGGCAGGAAGUACAAAACUACCCUGCCAACUAAGAUCCAACCUCCUAUUGACCAGGAAGAGACAAGGGCAAAGUUAGCAGCCACUCGAGAACAAUCACAGAAAUAUUACAACAGACAUUCACAAUACUUACCUGAGAUACUUGGAGGACAACACGUGCAUACUGAAGAUCCCAUAACUAAAGCAUGGAUUCCAGCACAGGUUGUCAGUAGAGCUGAAACCCCAAGAUCAUAUAUAAUAGUAACGGAAUCUGGUGGGCAGCUGAGAUGCAACAGGGCCCACAUCCGCCCAACACCAAAGCUGUUGAGGACAACGUGUACAACACCUGCUGCAUCAGUGACAACACCCACAGAAUCAUCAUCCCAGUGGGCACCAACCACCCAUCAUCAGCAGCCCAACAACACAACUCAGACACCGGUGCGAAGCACAAGAUCCACCAGAGGGAGAAAGAACAUCCUGCCACCAGUUCGAUACCAUUAA